CCAGCCAGGAUAUACAACAGACCAUUUAUUGUUUGAAAAGCCGAAAGUUGAACUUUACAUAUCAGCUGAUUUGGUCAGUCCAGCGUUCCAAGGUGAGUAUGAUGGCGUAAAAUAUCAUGAUCCAGAUCUGGACGAUGUUCUCAGUAGAGCUCGGGAGAACAAGGUCAAGACGAUUCUCAUCCCAGGAAAAAAUCUGGCUCACACUAGGGCUGCCCUCAAUCUAGCAAAGAAACACAAAAACAUGUUUUGUUCUGUUGGCUGCUCCCCAAUAAACUGUAACGAAUUUGAUUCUCAAGGUAGAAGGUUUUAUCUCUCAGAAAUGAAGAAACUUAUUGACGCCAACCCUUACAAGAUAGUGGCAGUUGGAGAAUGCGGACUCGACUACGACAACCUCAACAAAUGUAUUUUCAAUUACAAAUUGAAUUAGCUAAGCUUGCUCAACUGCCGAUGAUAGUUCGAUGUCGAAAUGCUUAUGAUGACAUAAUCCCAAUUUUGGGAUGGGAGCAUGAGCACAUUCCUAAUGGAGGAAUCAUCUUGGGAUUUGAUGGUUCUGAUGAUCAAGCUAGACGACUUCAAAGAAUGGAUUUUAAAAUUGGAAUAAGUGGAUGUUCCCUGAAGACCAAAGAACAGCGAGAGGUAGUGAGAACUAUCCCGCAUCAGAGCCUGAUCCUUAUGUCAGAUUCUCCAAACUGUGAAAUCAACAUAACCGAUUUUGGAACAUCAAGAUUCCUCAAGACAACAUUCUCAUCAGAGCCAAAAUCUCAGUGGACACCUGGGAAGAGAGUCAGCGGUCGUAAUGAACCAGGAAACAUCAUCCAAGUCCUUGAAGUGGCAGCAGCAUUGAAGAAUAUCAGUCUGGACUAUAUUGCUUACCUCUCAAACAAAUCAUUGCCACUAACCAGCCACUGAUGCCAAUGUAAGCUCCAAGUUUCAAAUAUGUCUCUGCCUCCGACAUAGUCCCUGAGAAGCUGGACAGGACAGGAGUCACUUUACCCUCAAAGGCCUUCAGGCACUCCAGAGUUUCCUUUGCAGAGUUCCGACUUUGCAAGACUAUAGGAAGUCCAUAUUCUGCAGCAAACUCCAAAUGCAUGUUUAAAUAGCUGAAAUAUAUAUUCAAAAGGUUAUAAGAUUUAA